AUGAACAAGGAAUGUGCUGCACAUAUGCCGAGUUCAUCAUCAACAACAAUGAACAGUAAUUCUGGUCCAGGCGGUCGUUCAAUAUUCUUAAUAGCUGGCCAACGAACAUUUCUGAUUGCCACUUUUGUUGGCUUCGUAUCAUGGUCAUCAAUGUCUAUUCAAAUGUCGGCUACACCUCUAGCAAUGACUGGUGCUGGUUACAGUUUUCGUCAAGUAAUAACAGCUAUCGAAUGCCAUCUAUUAGGCAUGUUUGUUCCAUCGUUUUUUUCUGGAACUUUGUGCAACUGGUGUGGUAAUCGACUGCUUAUGGUUGCUGGUCUUUUUACUCAAUUGAUAGGAGCACUACUAUUUCAACGUAGUUUGGCAAUUAGUUCUUUCAAUGUAGGUCUAAUUUUUGUUGGUAUUGGAUGGAACUUUGGGUAUGUAGCCUCAUCAGCAUUACUAAUGAAAUCUCACAAACCGGAAGAAAAAGCAAAAGUACAUUCAAUAUAUGAAGCAAUUACAAUGCUUAGUAUAACAAUAUCAUUCUUUUCAGCUGCAUUUGCCGAGCAAUCUCUCGGCUGGAAGAUUUUAACCGGAAAAUUGAUUACCUACUAUCUGGUUACAGCUAUAGUGAUAUUGAUGAUAGAUACAACAUUCGUAUUUUAUAAAACCAAAAGUAUCAAAUUGGAAAUAAAUGCGACUCAUGAACAAAGUAUUCAGUAG